AUGCCCAUCAGUCCGACCUAUCUCGCGCAGAGGACGCGCUCCUCGAUCAAUUGGGCCGACGCCCAGCGACGAGUCCUCAAGUCCUACCGAGAAUGGCUACGAGCUGGCCCUGAGAUCCAGCAGAUGUACUCCCUCAACAUGCCGGUGGCUACCGUGCGCGCCAAGGUCCGCGAAGAGUUCGAGAAGCACCGCUACGUCAACAACAUCCAGGCCGUCGAUGUCCUGAUCAGCCAGAGCCAUAUGGAGUUUCAGGAGACGUUAAACUUCUGGAAGCAGCUGUCGCAAGUCAUGAAAUAUUUCCGCAAGGAGGAGGAUCCGACGGCGAGGCUGCCCAAGAACUUCAUGCAAGGUUUCCUGGAGGGUCGAAAUUAG